AUGGCAGCUCAGGCCACAGGCCGGGACUCGAGCUCGCUCGUUAUCCGUGAUGUUGAGCCUGCCAAUACCACCCUGCAAAGUAACCCAGUUUGCAAUGAGGUCGCUGAUAAGAGUAUCAUCCCCGAGUCGUACAACCUUGACGUGGGUGACGAGGAUCCAACCAGAGAUGAACUUCAUGGCCCCAAUGCCUUGCGUCGCGUCUCAGCUCCGAUUCCCUGGGCUGUCUACACCAUCGCAUUUGUUGAGCUGUGCGAGCGUUUUUCCUACCACGGAACCCAUGUUCUCUACUCUAACUUCGUGAACCAUGCUCUCCCCCUUCCUGCCCCGAAUGGCCCUCCCGGAUCAAACCACGCAACCGGGGCUGGUGGCCCUAGCUCUCAGGAUUUCUCCGGUGCUUUGGGUAAGGGUGUUGAGACUGCCAACGCUAUCAACACCUUCAACACCCUCUGGUGCUACUGCCUUCCUCUAGUGGGUGCCUGGAUCGCCGACGAGUACUGGGGACGAUACAAGACCAUCUCCUGGUCUAUUGUGGCUGCCAUUUUAGGUCACAUCAUUUUGGUGAUCUCUGCCAUUCCACCGGUGAUUAUGAAUACUGAUGCCUCCUUCGCUGUGUUCAUUCUAGGUGUAAUAAUCAUGGGCUUAGGUACUGGUGGCUUCAAGCCCAACAUAUCCGCUCUGGUUGUCGAGCAGAUACCUGCCGUCAAUCUCAAGGUGCGUACACUGAAGUCUGGUGAGCGUGUUGUCGUCGACCCGACUAUCACUCAGAGCCGUAUCUAUCACUACUUCUACCUGCUUAUCAACAUAGGCGCACUGGUCGGUCAGAUCGGCAUGGUCUAUGCGGAGAAGUAUAUCGGCUUCUGGUUGGCCUUUCUGCUUCCCACGCUCAUGUUCCUGACUACUCCACCCAUCAUGUGGUGGGGUCGCAAGCGCUAUCGCCAGUCUCCCCCGGCGGGCUCGGUAACUUACAAGGCCAUCAUGACAAUCUUAUUUUGUAUGCGCGACCGCUGGCACUUUAAUCCAUACAUCAUGUGGAAACGAACACACGAUGGCACUUUCUGGGACACCGCGAAGCCCUCCAACAUCGAACCCCAAUCCCGACCCAGGUGGAUGACCUUUGACGAUGCAUGGGUGGAUGAAGUGCACCGUGGAUUUGCAGCUUGCGCAGUUUUUUGCUAUUUCCCAUUCUACUGGCUAGCCUACAACCAACUGACGAACAAUCUCAACGCACAGGCUAGCACGAUGACCGUGAAAGGCGUCCCGAACGAUAUUGUGAACAACCUUGACCCCUUGGCGCUGAUUAUCUUCGUCCCGAUCUGCGACAAGCUCCUUUACCCCGUCUUGCGCAAAAUGGGCCUUCAAUUCACGGCCAUUAAGAAGAUUGCCCUCGGUUUCUGGUUGGCGUCGCUCUCCAUGAUAUGGGCUGCUAUCGUUCAGUCCUACAUCUACCUGACUUCGCCCUGUGGCUUCGGAGCUAACACCUGCCCCAACGACGAUGGCAGCGUCCACCCAUGUCAUAUCCUUGUUUGGGCUCAGACUGGAUCCUACGUCCUGGUUGCUGUAUCGGAGAUCUUUGCCGUCAUCACCUCAAUGGAGUAUGCCUACUCCAAGGCACCUCGCAAUAUGCGUUCCCUCGUCCAAGCUAUGAAUAUGUUCACUAACGCUGUCUCCGCAGCCAUAGCUGAGACUUUGAUACCGCUUUCCAGGGCCCCUUUGUUGGCCUGGAACUACGGCAUCUUCGCCAUCUUGACCUUUGUCGGUGGCGCCGUCUUCAUCGUCCAGUUCUGGGGCCUGGAUAAAGAGGAGGACGAGUUGAACAACUUGCCCGAGGGUCAUGUGCAGGCUAGUGAGAGCCCGGGAGACCAUGUUGGGGUUGGCCCUAGUCGUGGGUGA